AUGGCAAAUUCAGCUACUGAGAAGAAUAUGUGGCUGCUUUGGGACCAUAGGCUAAAUGUUCAGGUACAACAGGAGGAACCUAGAGUUGUUUCUUUGAGGUCUGAUGUUCCUCAUGUAUUUCAAGAAGGGGAUAAUAUACGAAAGGCACCUGUUAUUCUGAGAUCUGGAGGACAUGUGAUUGGUGCUUCUUCCACUGCUGGUACUAGUUUGAGGUGUGAUGCUAUGGAGUUGUGUCAAGAUGUUCACGGGCAAAUGAUAAAUUCAGAUACUAAUGGUGCUUUUGUGGAAAAGAAUGCAGUGGAAAAUGUUGCAGAGGCUUUGGAUCAUUUGAUUGUUUCUAAUGCUACUGGAAAUGUCAUACCUCAACUCCAAGGGCAUGACCGACCGUGA